AUGGCGGUGGUACUGGAUGCUUUAGCAUCCUAUCUCCAAGACAUGUUGUUGGAGAUGGCUAAAGAAGAGGUGCGUCUGCUAUUGGGUAUCCCUGAUGAGAUAAAAAAGAUGGGCAUCAAGCUAGGGGACCUUAAGAGGUUCCUCGCCGAUGCUGACAAGAGGAACAUCAGCGACGAGAGUGUGCAAUCAUGGGUGAGAGAGCUUAGGAAUGCCAUGUAUGAUGCUACCAACAUCCUUGAUUUGUGCCAGCUCAAGGCCAUGGAACGGGGUCCAACCAAGGAUAUGGGCUGCUUCAAUCCCUUGCUCUUUUGUUUGAGGAAUCCUCUCCAUGCUCAUGACAUUGGUAAUCGCAUAAAAAAUCUUAUUGAGAGGCUAGAUGACAUUGAGAAGCGUAGCAAAACCUUCAACUUCAUCAACCUUGCAUCUUAUGAGGACGGCACACAAAAGGCAGAAUCCUCUUGUCGUGCUAGGCGUGAGACAACAGGAGAGGAUGAGUUAGGUGUGGUUGGUGAGAAAAUUGAGGAGGACACAAGAAAUCUUGUGGAUUUGCUUACACACAAGGAGAAAAACCUAAGUGAACACAAAAAGGUUAUGGUUUAUGCUAUUGUGGGAGUUGGAGGGAUUGGCAAAACCACCCUUGCCAAGAAGAUCUUCAAUCAUGAUUUCAUCAAACUAGAGUUUGAAAAGAGAAUAUGGUUGAGUGUCAAUCAAGAAUUUAGCGACAUUGAUCUAUUAGAGAGAGCUAUCACUGAAGCACAAGGAAACAAUCAAGCACCAAGAAACACAAAGGCCGCACUAGAGCGAACCCUUAAGGAAGCCUUGAAGGACUGCAAGACCUUAUUGGUGAUGGAUGAUGUUUGGGACCAGCAUGCAUGGGAGAAGGUGCUCGAGCCUCCAGUGAUAAAUUCACUUGCUAGAGGAAGCUGUGUUCUCGUAACAACAAGACAUCGCACGGUUGCUCGAGGCAUGAUGGCAGAGGUGCCCUACCACCAUGUCGACAAAUUAGUGCAAGAAGAUGCCUGGUCUUUGCUCAAGAAGCAGGUGGUCAGAAAUGAAAAUAACGAUGAACAAAAGGUUGAUACACUGAAGGACAUUGGAAUGUCCAUUAUAGCAAAAUGUGAUGGUUUGCCUCUCGCAGUCAAAGUAAUAGGAGGCCUUCUCCGCCAGAAAAACACAAGGCGAAGUGACUGGGAUAAUGUCCUAAACAAUUCUACAUGGUCAGUGUCCCAAAUGCCUGAAGAGCUAAACUAUGCAGUAUACCUUAGCUACCAAGAUUUGCAUCCUGAGUUGAAGUCUUGCUUUCUGCACUACUCCCUCCUCCCCAAGAGCACGGUGUUCAGGUAUCGACGCAUUGUUGCUAUGUGGAUUAGUGAAGGAUUUGUUCAUGGAAACUCACAAGAUUUAGAAGUAUUAGGAAAAGAGUACUAUGACCAGUUAAUUGCUAGGAACCUUCUAGAGCCAAAUCAAAGGUUUGUCGACCAGGCAGUUUGCAAUAUGCAUGACGUCGUUCGCUCAUUCGCUCAGUAUUUAGCUAGAGAUGAAACAAUAAUAGCUUACAAAAGUGAGGCUAGCCUUACCAAUAAAAUUAAUCCCCAAAAUGUUAUUCGGUUAUCACUAAAAACCAAAGGGUCAGAGUCAAAUGAGCUAACGUGGAGUUCUCUACAAGCACAUAUAUCUCUAAGAACACUGAUUUUAGAUGGACAAAUAAAGAUCAACUCAGGUGAUUCACUGUCAUCUUUUUCAUGUUUGCGGACCCUACAUAUCGAAGAUGGAAAUUUUGAUGCAUUGUCUAAAUCAUUGGUCCAACUCAAACACUUGAGGUAUUUGUCCCUAGAUGGCACUGACACAUCUAGGCUACCAAAAAAAAUAGCCAAGAUGAAAUUCUUGCAGUGCGUUGACCUUUCCAAUUGUAAAAGUUUGGUGAAGCUUCCUGGUGGCAUUGGAAAGUUAAGGCAGCUGAGGUAUCUUAGUCUUUUUGACUCAGGAAUAUACAAUAUACCCAGGGGUUUCGGCGGCCUAACUAAUUUGAGGAUAUUGAUGGGGUUUCCAGCCCACGUGGAGGGCGAUUGGUGUAGUUUGGAAGAAUUAGGAUCUCUUAACCAGCUCAUGCGUCUUCAUAUACAUGGCCUGCAGAAUGUAUCUUCCUCCUCCUUUGCUUUAAAGGCCAGGCUUGGUGAAAAGGUGCACCUCCGCUAUUUGUGGUUACAGUGCACUAGUGUACCAGGAGGUGCUCAUUGGUUGGUAAAACAGGAAGAGCAGCAACAAAUCGAGAAGGUGUUUGAUGAGCUCUGCCCUCCACCUUGCUUAGAACAUCUUGAAAUCGAAAGGUACUUUAGUCAACGACUUCCAAAGUGGAUGACGUCGACAGUAAUUGCUUCCUUUGGAAGCUUGAGGAUUCUAGGGAUGGAAGAAUUGCCUUAUUGCACGGAGCUACCUGACGGCUUGUGGCAGCUCCCCAGCUUGGAGUUCCUAAAGAUUCAGAGCGCCCCAGUCAUCAAGCGUGUUGGACCAGAGCUCCUACUGCCACACCGUCAUGAGCACCCAAGCCCUAUGAAAAAUGUUGGCUCUGAUUUGAAAAUUGAGGUGUUCAGAUGUCCUGGCCUCGAGAGGAUCAGCAAUCUGCCAAAAUUGCAGAACCUCGUGAUCAUAAUGUGCCCAGAGUUGAACGUACUAGAGGGUUUGCCUGCACUUCAGAGACUCUCACUGGAGGAUUACGACAUGAAAACGCUCCCUGGAUACUUGCAGAACGUAAACCCAAGGGAUUUGCAUCUUGACUGUGACAUCUCGCUGCUAACUUUCAUAGCUAAAGGCGAAUCUGGCCCCGAGUGGGACAAGUUUAGCCAUAUCAAGCAGGUCAAUGCAUAUGCAGAUGAUAAUGACAACUACAUUCCAAGGAAGUGGUACGUGAAGUACACGAGAGAUACUUUUAGCUUCAAGACAAACAUCAGCCCCUCUGCUGACGAUUCAGGUAAAUUAACACAACAGCUGCUUACGUUGCAUACUGAGUACCUUUCCUGCAAUCCUUUUCUUUCAAGUUCUCGUCACUUGACUGCAAGUGCUGUUUCAGAUGAUGACAUGGAGGAAGUGCUAUUGGACGAAGUGGAGAAUAUUUCAAGGGACGAAAUGGAAGUAGAAUGUGUGGAUAUGGAACAACUGAGGGAGUAA